CCGCACCGGAAGUGAGCUGGCGCUGUCGCCGUGGAGCGGCGGACCCGGAAAUGCAGUGUUACCGGGAAACAUGGCCGGCUCGGUGGGAACGGCGGAGGGAACCAUGGAGGAGAGAAACAUGAAGGAACCCGGGGGACUGGACGGGAGAGCGCACUCCGGGGAGAGGGGAAAUCGUCGCCUGAAGUAUGUCAGUUUGGCCGUGUUGGUUGUACAGAAUGCCUCGCUGAUCCUAAGUAUCCGAUAUGCACGUACUCUUCCUGGGGAACGGUUCUUCUCUACCACAGCUGUAGUAAUGGCAGAGAUUCUUAAAGGCAUUACAUGUCUCCUCCUUAUCCUGGCCCAGAAGAGAGGAAAUGUAAAAGAGUUGGUUGUAUUCCUGUACGAGUCGAUCAUUGUGCAGUACAUAGAUACACUGAAGCUGGCUGUGCCCUCCCUAAUCUACACCCUACAAAACAACCUGCAGUAUGUGGCAAUCUCCAACCUCCCAGCAGCCACCUUCCAGGUCACAUAUCAACUGAAGAUUUUGACAACUGCCCUUUUCUCAGUCUUGCUUCUGAGGAAGAGUUUAUCCCGGUUGCAGUGGGGUUCUCUGGUAAUUCUGUUUGCCGGUGUCGCUAUUGUUCAAGCAGAGCAGUCUGGUGGCAAGGAGAGUGUGACGGCCAGCGAUCAGAGCUAUGUUGUUGGCUUGGUUGCCGUGUCUGUUUCCUGUCUGUCCUCUGGAUUUGCCGGUGUGUACUUUGAACGCAUCCUGAAGGGUAGUUCUGCGUCCGUGUGGUUACGCAAUGUUCAGCUGGGCAUCUUUGGCACUGCCUUGGGACUUGUAGCCAUGUGGCAGAAGGAUGGAUCGGCUGUGGCUGAGCAUGGUUUCUUCCACGGUUACACACCUCUUGUCUGGUGUGUCAUCUUCAAUCAAGCAUUCGGAGGUCUCCUUGUGGCUGUGGUCGUCAAGUAUGCAGAUAACAUCCUGAAAGGCUUUGCCACGUCACUGUCCAUUGUGGUUUCAACUGCGGCUUCUGUCCAUCUUUUUGGCUUCCAUGUGGAUGUUCCUUUUGCACUUGGAGCAGCACUAGUGAUUGGGGCCGUUUAUCUGUACAGCCUCCCAAGAGCACCAGACUGUCCUCCAGCACCUCAGACAGCCCAGCUUAAGGAGUCCUUCCUUCCCAAGAACAUUUCCAAACAGAAAGGGUGUUGAAGUGUUUGCGUGGACACCCUCAGUCUGGUUGUGACAUACAAAGCGUUAUCUUCUUCCCUUGUAUAGAGGAUGAUGGGAGACUGUCAGGAACCUUCUUCCCUACCGUAGAAUUCACAGGCUUGGACAAUGCUGGGGUGGAGCAAGCUCUGCAGUCCACAUCCCUGGCUGAUUCCAUUAUUAUUUUAUCCAACAUUGAUAGUCAUGUAUUCUGUACUUUACUAUAAAAACCGUUAGCUUUGUUCUACACGACUAAUUCAUGGAAUGUCUAUACUGUCAGCUGUGUUUGAGAAACAGAUUGGCAAUGUUGAAGGGUUUAUAAUGGACCGAGAGGGGAGGCAGCGGGCCAUUGGCAAAAGAUGGUCUGGAUCUGUUAAAUGUAAGGAAAACCGA